CACAUCAUCGAUCCCUUUCAAGUCUUCUAUAAAACCCAACUCUUCCCCAUCCUGCCAGCACUACUAAAAUUGCAUAUUUGCGGAAUUAUAGAAUAGUUCAAUUGAACAAGCCAUGGAGGCCAUUCAGUCAUGGGUUUCAGAUCACAAGCUCUCCAGCAUUGGAGCUCUCUGGGCAUCAGCAAUUGGAGGGUCACUGGCUUAUUCCAGGGCAAGAAGUACUACUAUGAAGCCAAGUCUUAAGCUCAUACAUGCCAGGAUGCAUGCACAGGCAAUAACACUUGCAGUGCUAUCCGGUGCUGCCGUCUACCAUUACUGCCAGAAUCAAGCCGGACGUCCUAAUGAGCAAAAAGACACUAUUCAUGCCCCAUAAUCAGCAUUUUAAUUUACCUCUUAAUUUGUGCAAGUUUAUUUCUUUUUUAGCUCUAAAGAUUGGCGUACAAGAUUUGGUGGCACUUUCUUUCAGCCACAAUCCAUGAUAUGCCAAUUUCUCCUUUCUUUAUUUCUAUAUUAUUUAGUUACUUGGGGGCUUGGGCCAUCCAUUAUUAGUUGAUAAACUGUGGGCUUGAAACCUCCA